AAGAGAUGCCUUUCUAGUCUUAAAUGGAUUUCUUGGUUAGAAGGAGAAGGAGGUGCAUUCUGGGCCCCGAUUCAUCACUGGACUUGAGACGUCAGUAUUCCUGUUCAUUGGACCCUUAAAGUUGCACAGAAAUCACUAAUUUGUUUUAAAGGCCAGACUGCUUCCAGACUUAAACAGCAAUGCUCUUUCAUUCUUUGAAAUAUGCAUUCACGGCUUAUAUAUUUCUUAACCAAAAUGGAAGGAAUUGGCUUUGCAGCAGAGAAGAGUAGGCAUUUUUCCCAAAUCGCUUUUGGGAAGCAGCCUUCUGGUCUGAUCCAUGAAUAAUUUGGAGGUAUGUAAUUAGGACAGAGGUUCCAAAGUGAUAAAACGUAUUUCUCUUUUGAGAUGCAACGAAGUUUAAAGAUUAUGUUUACUCCAGUGACCUGUUUUGUGGUAAUUCUGAGGGUUGCUUCUGAUGCCACCAGGGCUGCUGCAUUUACUGAUUUGGAGAUGAAAGUCGAUAGGUGCAAGUUAGAAGGAAGGUCAGACUCAGAUUUAUUUCGUUUAGAGCCGUCGGACUAAGAACUCUGGGAUUUCUCCGCCGAUGAGCGGGGCUGAACUGCCCUCCUGGGCUUCGGCGUCUGUCCGGGCGAAGCAGUGCCAGCUUUCGAGCGAGAACGGCAACGAUAGAGGUUCCACGGUCAGGAACAGCCCCGAAGUGGACUGACGGGCCCAGGCGAAGGCCGCAACCGGUAGACUGCGGAUGGGGAGGCUCGCCCGGGCGGAGCGGCGCUCACGGCGGAGGGACUGCGCUUGCGCCUGCCCGCCUCCUCGAGUCACGCGAGUCAGCUGUCCCUUUGCGGCGGCCAAUGGGGUGGCGCCUUAUUGCGGGGUCCGCCGCCUCGCUGCGUCUGGUCCGGGAUGCGCUGAGCGAGGAGCCGGGGCAGCCGCCGCCCCUUCUCAGGUACCCCGCAGCCGCGGGCCUUCGAGGGGUCCCGGCUGCUGUGCAAGGCCGUUCCCGGGAGGGACGGGGCUUUUCCGGGGGUGCUUGGCUGUCCCUCUUCGCCGGCCAGGGGUUUUCCGGGGUCAGGAGGACCCCCGCUGCCCCGAAGAUCCGAGCGAGCUCCCAGCUGGGAUGGGCGAGGAGAAGAAAGAAGAGCUGCGGAAGGCGGUGGCCGAGGCUUCCGCUUCGGUGUCAAAGGGCAAAGACGCCAAGAGCAAAGGGGAUAAAAGGGCUUUGGGGCUCUUGGAUUUAUUGAGGGCGCCCAUCCAUAAUUGAGCUGGGCUGCUUCGCAUCAGGCGGGGAACCUGGCCCGCCCGGUGCGCUUUUCAACAGAAGCCCCUUCUGUAAAGCUUGUUGGGAAAUACCGGCUUAAUGGCAGUUUUGUUGCCUAGCCCCGGGGGCAUGGAGGACUUGGCUGAUUUAUAAGAAAGUGUGGGUUCAGUUGUGUUAUGCGGGCAAUAGAAAUUUACAUUUAAAUACAUCAACGGUAAACCGUUCAUGCUUUUGAGUAACUAGAAAUGUUCCGGAGAGAAUAAAGGUGUGAAUGACAGAGGAGGUGCCUCCAGCUGCACUCAGCGAGAUAUACCUUCGCCUUUUGUGUCAUGAUGACAUAGACACAGUCAAACAGCUCUGUAGUGAUUGGUUCCCCAUUGAAUACCCUGACUCAUGGUAUCAGGACAUCACCUCCAACCAGAAGUUUUUUUCUCUGGCCGCAACUUACCGUGGCACCAUUGUGGGCAUGAUAGUUGCUGAGAUCAAGAGCCGAGCCAAAGUGCACAAAGAGGAUGGUGAUAUUUUAGCUUCUGGCUUUCCAGUUGAUACUCAAGUUGCUUACAUUUUAAGCCUAGGAGUGGUGAAAGAAUUUCGAAAACAUGGCAUAGGUUCUCUUCUGUUGGAAAGCCUGAAAGAUCACAUUUCAACCACUGCCCAGGAUCACUGCAAGGCCAUUUACCUGCACGUCCUGACCACCAACAACACAGCAAUACAUUUCUACGAAAACAGAGACUUUAAGCAGCAUCAUUACUUGCCCUACUAUUAUUCCAUCAGAGGGGUCCUCAAAGAUGGCUUUACUUAUGUCCUCUACAUCAAUGGGGGACACCCGCCGUGGACAAUUUUUGACUAUCUUCAGCACAUCGGCUCAACUUUGGCCAAUCUGAGCCCCUGCACAAUUCCCCAGCGGAUUUAUCGCCAAGCCCAGAACAUCCUCUGCAGCCUUUUACCGUGGUCGGGCAUUUCAGCCAAGAGCGGCAUUGAAUAUAGCCGGACCAUGUGACCCGAAGGGAGUCCUCUCGGCAUCCCUGCGGUUGCACAGCCCUCAUGGCUCCAGCCACUCCAACCCUCAACCGUUUGUGGACUUGGCAGAAUUCCUCCUCCUGCUGUUACUACUGUCUUCAGCCUGAGCAGAAGGGAAACGGGCA